AUGAAACUCAAAAUAAAACAAGAACAAAUGGUCGUUAAUGAUGAACAAGAGAAUGGCACUGAUGAAAUAACGAAAACAAAUGAUGAAAAAAUUAGUUCAUCCAAUGUGCAAGUAACAGAUGAUGAUAAAGAAAAAGGAAAUUUUAAAAAUUUUAAAAUAUCAAAACAAACAAUUAAAAAACUUAAAGAUCGUAAUGUUAAUUUUUUAUUUCCUGUUCAAGCACAAAGUUACAAUCAUAUUCAUGAACAAAAAGAUUGUUUAGUUCAAGCAUAUACAGGUACUGGUAAAACAUUAGCAUUUUCAAUUCCAAUUGUUGAAUUACUUCAAAAUGAUACAUCAGUUAAAUUAACACGUGGACGUCCGCCACGCGUUCUUGCUUUAGCUCCAACACGAGAAUUAACAAAACAAAUUUCCGAUGAUUUUCAAUCGAUUGUUACUGAUAUGUCGGUUGUAACAAUUUAUGGUGGAAAAAAAUAUGAAGAUCAAGAAAAUAGUAUUCGUAAUGGAUGUGAUAUUAUUGUUGCUACACCCGGUCGAUUGAAAGAUAUUAUUGAUAAGAAAAGACUUGAUUUAAGUAAAAUUAAACAUGUUAUUCUUGAUGAAGUUGAUCGAAUGCUUGAUAUGGGUUUUAUUGAUGAUGUAGAAGAAAUUCUUGGUCAUAUGUUUAAAUCAAAACAAGAAGUAAAACCACAAUUUGUUGUUUUUUCUGCAACAAUGCCUAAUUGGGUACUUAAAACAACAACAAAAUAUAUGACAAAAGAUUAUGUUACAGUUGAUUUAGUUAAAGGAAAUGCACAAAAAACAUCUUCGAAUGUUGAACAUUUAGCAGUAGCAUGUACUUAUCAAGAUCGAGCAGGUGUUAUAAAUUCACUUGUACAAAUCUAUUCCAGUAAUAGUCUUGAUGGACGUGCCAUUGUUUUUUGUGAAACAAAAAAAGAAGCUGAUGAACUUUCAGUUAGUCAUGAUAUUAAAGCUGAAGCACAUGUACUUCAUGGUGAUAUUCCACAAGAUAAACGUGAACUUGUUCUUAGAAAAUUUCGUGAAGGAAAAUAUCGUUUAUUAAUUACAACUGAUGUUGCUGCACGUGGUCUUGAUAUACCUGAAGUUGAUCUUGUUCUUGUUACAGCUCCACCUAAAGAUGUUGAAGCAUAUAUUCAUCGAUCAGGUCGUACAGGUCGAGCAGGUGCUCAAGGCAAAUGUAUUUGUUUAUAUAAAUCAAAUCAACAACGUGAUCUUAGACGAGUAGAAGUUGAAGCAGGCAUUCAAUUUACACGUAUUGAACCACCAGGAACAGCAGAUCUUCUUACUGCAUCAUCGGCUGAUGCAGUUAAAGCACUUGAUAGUGUAACCGAUGCUGCUAAAGCACAUUUUCGUGACGCAGCAGAAAAAAUUCUUGCAACAUGUGAUGCAGCUGAUGCUUUAGCAGCUGCAUUAGCUUGUAUAUCUGGUACAACAAGUAUUGUUCCUCGAUCUCUCUUCACAAAGAAAGAAAAUCAUACAACAUAUAUGUUCUCGGUUACAGAUGAAAUGAAAGGCGCUGGAUUAGUAUUUACUAUGUUACGUAAAGUUUUUGGUGAAGAUUUUGAUGCUAAAGGUAAAUGUUCACAAAUUGGAUUUACAAAAGAUUAUAAAAGUGCUGUAUUUGAUAUACCAAGUGAACUUGAUGAAAUUUUACAAGAGAAGUGGAAAGAUAGUCCAAGAAUGCAAAUGAAAGCAAUUACAGAAAUGCCACUACUUGAUGAUGCGUCUCGAUAUGGUAGUGGUGGUGGUUUUGGUGGCGGUGGUGGUGGUGGUCGAGGUUUUUCAUCACGUGGUGGCUAUGGAUCAUCACGUGGUGGAGGUAACUCUGGUAAUCGAAAUUCUUCAAAUGCUUGUUUUAAAUGUAACAAAGAAGGUCAUAAAUCAUUUGAAUGUCCUGAAGCAAAUGGUGCAGGAAGAUCCGGUGGUAAUGGUUGUUUCAAAUGUGGAAAAGAAGGUCAUAAAUCAUUUGACUGUCCAGAUGCAAAAGGAUCCGGUGGACGAGGCCAAUCAAAUGGCGGUGGUGGUUGUUUUAAUUGUGGUAAAGAUGGUCAUAAAUCAUUUGACUGUCCCGAACCAAAAAAAGGACGACCGUCAUUUGGUGGUGGAUCUCGUGGUGGUGGUGGCAUGAAACGUAGCUUUAAUGGUAAUCAUGAAAACGGCCAUAGUACAGGUGAAACAACUAGCAAAAAAAUUAAAUUUGACGACAAUGAUGAUUAG